AUGACCGAUCAACCUGAAACCUCGACUUCACGGCGAAUCUUGAUCUCGAAUGCGGGGCCCAGUGCCAAUCCUCAGUCCGACAACCAGUCCGACACCCAGUCCGACACCCCGCGCAAAGAUGCCGAUACGCAGACUCUGGAGGAAUUAGCACGCGAAAAUGUUGCGCCGUUCCUCGCCAAACACCAGCCGAGGCAGUAUGCGCCUUUGCGCUCGCAGGUGUCAAACCCUGCUGAACCACGUAUCGCCAACGCCAGUUACUGCUACCGCCACCAGCCAGACUCCAAGUGCGGCAGGCGACAAGCAGACGAGCAAUCAAUGUCCCAGCUGCAGUCAGAAUUGAAUGGCCUCUCCCAGGAAGAUCAGAAAGGCAUUUCCCAUGUGUGGUCAUUAUUCUCCGCCGCCCCUGCCAAGCAGCGCACGCUGAUGCUGCAGGGAAUUCUCGCACAGUGCUGCUUCCCCCAACUGUCCUACAUUUCUGCCAGCGUCCGUGAAUUGAUCCGAAUUGACUUCCUGGCUGCUUUGCCUCCAGAGCUCUCUUUCAAGAUCCUGCGAUACCUCGACACGGCCUCGUUGUGCCGGGCUGCCCAGGUCUCUCCGCGCUGGAAGGCUCUUUCGGACGAUGAUGUGGUGUGGCACCGGAUGUGCGAGCAACAUAUUCGCCGGAAGUGUAACAAGUGUGGUUGGGGUCUUCCUCUUCUGGAUCGCAAGCGCCUGCGUGAGGCGAAGCGUGAGAUUGAACUGCGUGCCAGUAACUGGGGGAACAACGAUCCCUCUGUUGCACCUGCUGACACUGCGGCCACCGAGUCUUGCUUGACCGUCCCUGCCGCAUCCAAUGGAAAACGCAAGAUCGAAGCGGAAGAGGAAGAGGAGGAUGAUGUCGCCCUUAACUCGGAUGAGGUUGAAGGUUACUUCAAACGGCGUUAUCGCCCUUGGAAAGACGUCUAUCGUGACCGAUUCGUUGUCGGUAUGAAUUGGAAGCACAAGCGUUGCUCUGUCAAGGUAUUCAAGGGGCACCGUGACAGUGUCAUGUGUUUGCAAUUCGAUGAUAACAUUCUGAUGUCUGGGUCUUACGAUGCCACCGUCAAGAUCUGGGAUACUGACACUGGCGAAGAACUGCGGACACUCAAGGGCCACACUGCUGGAGUUCGAUGUCUCCAAUUCGACGACACGAAGUUGAUUACUGGCAGCUUGGAUCGUAGUAUUCGCAUCUGGAACUGGCGCACCGGCGAAUGUAUUUCGAAGUACAACGGCCACGCCGAAGCGGUCAUCGCGCUUCACUUUGACUCCACUCUCCUUGCAUCCGCGUCAGUCGACCAUACUGUCAAGAUCUGGAACUUCAAGGACAAAUCCACUUUUGUUUUGCCUCACCCUGCAGGGGUGAAUGCUGUGAAGAUUGACUCAGCCUCACAGACGGUACUGACCGCCUGCGACGAUGGUGCCGCUCGUCUUUGGGAUCUCACGACCAAGACUUGUCUCCGUGUCUUCCACAAUCACAUUGGCUCGGUGCAGCAGGUCGUGGCUCUGCCCCGCGAAAUCGAACUGGAGAAUCAUCUCGCCGACUGCGAGAAUGACCAUGUCAGUACAUCUUCACAGCACGGCGACAGUCUUCUCAGCGCCCUGUCUCCCACUCUCGAGCACAAAUCUCUUUCUCAUCAGCCCUCUCCCUUUGGCUCCUCCUUCGACCAAGCAGAGGGCCACGAGAAUCGCGUGGAGCCUCCCCGCUACAUCAUCACCAGCGGCCUGGAUGCCACCAUUCGACUGUGGGAGACCAGCACUGGAAGAUGCUUGCGCACCUUCUUCGGCCACCUCGAGGGAAUCUGGGGAUUGUCUGCCGACACUUUGCGCAUCGCCUCUGGUGGAAUGGAUCGCAUGGUCAAAAUCUGGGAUCCUCGCAUCCCCACCUGCCAAGACACGUACGAAGGGCACAGCGCAGCAGUCAACUGCAUUGGCCUCAGUGACAGCCGAUUCAUCACCGGUGGUGACGAUUAUCAAGUCCGCAUGUACGACUUCAGAGCCUAG